GCCAGACAAACCAAGGGUGAAAUUCUGUGCCAGGAGCAAAGGCAACAUGAACCUCAUGAUUCUCUGCUUGCUCCUGCCACUGGUGUUGGUAGCCAAGGGCCAGUACGGUGACUACCGGUAUCAGUAUCAUGACUAUGGUGAUGAAGGCUGGGUGAAUCUGAACCGACAAGGCUUCAGUUUUCAAUGUCCCCAUGGGCAGGUGGUGGUGGCUGUGAGAAGCAUCUUCAGUAAGAAGGAGGGUUCGGAUAGGCAGUGGAACUACGCCUGCCUGCCCACCCCCCAGAGUCUUGGGGAGCCGACAGAAUGCUGGUGGGAGGAGAUCAACAGGGCUGGAAUGGAAUGGUAUCAGACAUGCUCCAGCAAUGGCCUCGUGGCUGGGUUCCAGAGCCGGUACUUUGAAUCAGUCCUAGACCGAGAAUGGCAGUUUUAUUGUUGCCGUUACAGCAAGAGGUGUCCAUACUCAUGUUGGUUGACAACUGAAUACCCAGGCCACUAUGGUGAAGAGAUAGACAUGAUUUCCUACAAUUAUGAAUACUAUAUGCGGGGAGCAACAACUACUUUCUCAGCAGUAGAAAGGGAUCGUCAGUGGAAGUUCAUAAUGUGUCGGAUGACAGACUAUGACUGUGAAUUUGAAAAUGUUUAGAAUGUCACAUAGCAAAGCUGGCUGGAGAGACAAGGAACUGGGGGGAAUUCAAAGCAUAUCUAUUCAUCAGCAGACCAGCAGGAGCUCCAGCAGAAGGAACUGGUCUUCUCUCUUUCCCUUUCUGAGUGUUACUGCUACAUCAGCCUAUUUGGUCUUUCUGCCUAAUACCACCAUUCUAAUUAAACCCAUAGAUUUCAUUAACUCUUCUUGCUCAUUGUUGAUGCUUUGGUUGGAGACCAUCUUAUAUGUCUGCUAAUGGCUUCCUGUAUUAUAUCAUGUAUGCAUUACAGCUGUUCCCUAUGCUAUUUUUUAUGAGUCUAUUUUUAUGGAGGACCUGCCAUUAUCUGCGAACAAUUAAUAUUAAGAACUAUAGCAUAAGCAGAAAGAAGGGGCAGAGGGUUCUAGGUGGGGGAAGAUAAAGAUCAUAUCCAAUCAUCAUCUAGUUGAAUCAAACUUUUCCCCAUCUUUCUCUCCUAACUAAGAAUGUCUUCUUGCCAUGUUGCACCACAAUGGGGUAUUUGAAUUGUGUGCUGUGGUAGUGAUGAGGAUAGAAAGGAAAUCAGGGGAGGCUCAGGGGUUUGAAUAGAGAAAAUAAUAAUAAUUCCUGUCUUUGGGAGAAAGAGAUGAAUUAUUAUGCCUGAUAAAAAUGGUGUGUGUGUGUGUGUGUGUGUGAAAAGAACAAAUGGGAAUCAGACUUGGGGGAUAAAAAAAAUAUAGUUGAUUAAGAUAACAUACAGGGAAAAGAUCAAAGCGAGAACUUGACAAUUGUGAUCAGCUAGGAAUUCUGGGGUGACAAGCAAGGGAGUUCUUAUCACCAUCAGUACUUGAGGUCAUCCCACUAAAGUUCUGUUUUGGAAAGAUGGAAGGAGAGAGGACAUAGAAAGGCACAUAGGAGAUAUUUCUUAGGAUAGCUGCCUUACUAAGCUGGUUCUCUGAGAAAUGCUUCUCUUGUAAGAAGGCAUUCGUGUGCCCUUAUUUGUGGUUGGAAAAUGGGCCUUGGGAACAGGACCAUUUCUCUAUAUAGCACAGGAUUUUUUGACAAACGAUAAUCAUAGAUGUGGGAAACGUUAUAAUUUCUCUACCUCCAUCCCAACCCCACCUCAAGUCAUCUUUGGUAUCUAUCACUUGGUACAAUGAUAUAAACCAUAAACAGAAUAAACAAAUUACUAAAUAAAAAAAUUCACUAUUUUGCAACUAGUCAGUUUUUUCCCUUUUCUCAAAUCUCCUUCUUCCCAGUCUUAUUUAAUUCAUUCUUUUUUCCAAUUUAACUCUUUCUUUUUGGCAUCUUUCUCCACUUUAUCCAAUGGUCUUUCCUCUUUCUUUUGCCAGGGAGUCAUUAUUUUUAUUAUUUUUUUUUUGUCUUGUACUGUUCUUUCUGUUUUCUCUUUCCAAAAGAUUCCAGAAGCAAAAUGGAAGCAACAGCAAAACCAGAGAAAUCUGUCAUCAUUCUAUGUGCCCUCUAUAAAAGAAAAUAUUGAGGUUCUGAUCAGACUUUCAGAGAAGCCUGAAAAAUUCAAUUUACAUGGAGACUCACAGGGAAAGCUCUGACAAAACUUGUUUAUUAGUUAGUAAGAAUGUAAGCUCCCUGAGGGCAGGAACUUUCACAUUUGUAGCCAUAUUGUAUAAUCAUUAUACUAAUUAUUAAUAAUAAUAGUUACCUUUUUGCAUCCUAAGGUUUGCAAGAAUUUUAUAUCUGUUAAAACAUUUGAUUCUCUAUAUUAUCUAACAUAGUGGGUACUUAAUAAAUGCUUAUUGAAUUAUUAAUCAUUAA